AAGUGCUUUCUGCCUACUGAGGGGGUCUGUGGAUUUCUAGUUUAUGAUAAAUAGGACUUUAAAAAUCAGGGACAGGAGGGCGAGUGUUCAGGUUCUAGAGCUAUGCAGCUGGAGCACUGCCUUUCUCCUUCUAUCAUGCUCUCCAAGAAAUUUCUCAAUGUGAGCAGCAGCUACCCACAUUCAGGCGGAUCUGAGCUUGUCUUGCACGAUCAUCCCAUUAUCUCGACGACUGACAACCUGGAGAGAAGUUCACCUUUGAAAAAAAUUACCAGGGGGAUGACGAAUCAGUCAGAUACAGACAAUUUUCCUGACUCCAAGGACUCACCAGGGGACGUCCAGAGAAGUAAACUCUCUCCUGUCUUGGAGGGGGUCUCUGAGCUUCGUCACAGUUUCGAUGGCUCUGCUGCAGAUCGCUACCUCCUCUCUCAGUCUAGCCAGCCACAGUCUGCGGCCACUGCUCCCAGUGCCAUGUUCCCGUACCCCGGCCAGCACGGACCCGCGCACCCCGCCUUCUCCAUUGGCAGCCCCAGCCGCUACAUGGCCCACCACCCAGUCAUCACCAACGGAGCCUACAACAGCCUCCUGUCCAACUCCUCACCGCAGGGCUACCCCGCGGCCGGCUACCCCUACCCACAGCAGUACGGCCACUCCUACCAAGGAGCCCCGUUCUACCAGUUCUCCUCCACGCAGCCCGGGCUUGUGCCCGGCAAAGCGCAGGUGUACCUGUGCAACAGGCCCCUUUGGCUGAAAUUUCACCGGCACCAAACGGAGAUGAUCAUCACCAAACAGGGAAGGCGCAUGUUUCCUUUUUUAAGUUUUAACAUUUCUGGUCUCGAUCCCACGGCUCAUUACAAUAUUUUUGUGGAUGUGAUUUUGGCGGAUCCCAAUCACUGGAGGUUUCAAGGAGGCAAAUGGGUUCCUUGCGGCAAAGCGGACACCAAUGUGCAAGGAAAUCGGGUCUAUAUGCAUCCGGAUUCCCCCAACACGGGGGCUCACUGGAUGCGCCAAGAAAUCUCUUUUGGAAAAUUAAAACUUACAAACAACAAAGGAGCUUCAAACAACAACGGGCAGAUGGUGGUUCUGCAGUCCUUGCACAAGUACCAGCCCCGCCUGCAUGUGGUGGAAGUGAACGAGGACGGCACGGAGGACACCAGCCAGCCCGGCCGCGUGCAGACGUUCACUUUCCCAGAAACGCAGUUCAUCGCGGUCACCGCCUACCAGAACACGGACAUUACACAACUGAAGAUAGACCACAACCCCUUUGCAAAAGGAUUUCGGGAUAAUUAUGACACGAUCUACACGGGCUGCGACAUGGACCGCCUGACCCCCUCGCCCAACGACUCCCCGCGCUCGCAGAUCGUGCCCGGAGCGCGCUACGCCAUGGCCGGCUCCUUCCUGCAGGACCAGUUCGUCAGCAACUACGCCAAGGCCCGCUUCCACCCGGGCGCGGGCGCGGGCCCCGGGCCGGGCACGGACCGCAGCGUGCCGCACACCAACGGGCUGCUGUCGCCCCAGCAGGCCGAGGACCCGGGCGCGCCGUCGCCGCAGCGCUGGUUCGUGACGCCGGCCAACAACCGGCUGGACUUCGCCGCCUCGGCCUACGACACGGCCACGGACUUCGCGGGCAACGCGGCCACGCUGCUGUCGUACGCGGCGGCCGGCGUGAAGGCGCUGCCCCUGCAGGCGGCCGGCUGCACGGGCCGCCCGCUCGGCUACUACGCCGACCCGUCGGGCUGGGGCGCGCGCAGCCCCCCGCAGUACUGCGGCGCCAAGUCGGGCUCGGUGCUGCCCUGCUGGCCCAACAGCGCCGCGGCCGCCGCGCGCAUGGCCGGCGCCAACCCCUACCUGGGCGAGGAGGCCGAGGGCCUGGCGGCCGAGCGCUCGCCGCUGCCGCCCGGCGCCGCCGAGGACGCCAAACCCAAGGACCUGUCCGACUCCAGCUGGAUCGAGACGCCCUCCUCCAUCAAAUCCAUCGACUCGAGCGACUCGGGGAUUUACGAGCAGGCCAAGCGGAGGCGGAUCUCGCCCGCCGACACGCCGGCGUCCGAGAGCUCGUCGCCGCUCAAGAGCGAGGUGCUGGCCCAGCGGGACUGCGAGAAGAACUGCGCCAAGGACCUGGGCAGCUACUACGGCUUCUACUCGCACAGCUAGGCCGGCCCUGCCCGCCCGGCCCCGCGCCCCCGGCGGCCCGGGCGCCGCCAGCCCCUCCCGGCUCUGCCCAGCGCCUCCUCCCCGCCCCACCCUGCGCACCCCCUCGUGUCAGUGGACCCGCGAUGACCGCCCGCAGCGAAGGUGACUGUAACCUGUGUUGGCACAGCAAUCUCUGCAGUUAGCGCACCGACCUUCCACUUUGCUGUAAACCGUUUGGUUUUCCUACUUCCUCUCCUUCUGUGAAGUUAUACUCCACACACACUUCUCUCCCAUCGCCCCCCCCCCUUGUCUUUUCCUCGCCCCCUCCUUCUAGUUCUUGUCAUGCAACUCUUCACCUUUGGGAGACCUGGGGCAGCCUGUCAGGCAGCAGCGAUUCCGACCCGUCGGUCUCGGCCUCCCCAUGAACCCUAGGAUGUUGACUCUAGAACCUGGAUCCACCCAGCGCGUCCUUUCUUAUCCCCGAAUGGAUGGAUGGAUGGUAGGGAUGUUAAUACUUUUAGUGGAACAAAGCCUGUGAAAUGAUUGUAUAUAGUGUUAAUUUACUGUAAUGAAUGGCUAGUUUUUAUUCUCAUCGUCAAGGCACAAAACCAGUUCCUGCUUAACCUUUUCAUUCAUUUCUUUGCCUUUUUCUCCACCCACCUCUCCCCCUUUAAUUUUUUUUUCCUCGAGAGAUAAUUAACAAUAUCCUAAGAGGCUCUGGAAACCUGAAAUACUUGAUAGAUAUAAUGAUGAGUUUCUCACUUCUCCUCAAUCCAUUGCAUGAAAUAAUUGCUCUGUGCCCUCAUGCAUACAAGUAGCUACGGAGAACCUGACCAGACACCUGAGAAGGACAGGUGUCUGUUCCUAGGCAAGUCCAUUAAGCGGCAUGAAGCCUGCAAAGCAAAGCUAACUGGAAUUGUAUGUUUCCCCCUCCUUCCUUCUAAAUAGAAUAGCUCAACAUAGCAAUAUUAUUUUGCCUUAUUUGUUUUUCCCCAAAGUGCCAAAUUCAUGACUGGUCUGUGCAGGUGCCAAAUAUGCUGACAAACUGUUUCUGAAAAUCUUUUCAGCGCCCCCCCCUCCACCUUUAUAUGCUGUAAAUCUUUGUAAUGACGAUUCCCCUAAUCAUAUAGAUGACUGAAUUGUUGGUAACUAUAGUGUAGUCUAGUGAAGAUGAAUUGUGAGUUGUAUAUUUUACUGCAUUUUAGUUUUGAAAAUGAUUCCCCCACUACCUAGAAACAGCUGCAAUUUGACUUUCUUGGGAAAACACUAGCAUUAAUGCAAGUAAGACUGAUUCUCUCCCCUCUAAGUCUUGUUAUAUUUGAUAAGAAACAUUUAUCUCCCUGGAAAUAGAUUAGUAGGAUUUCUAAUGUUGUGUAGCAAGCCUAUACUUUUUUUUUUGUAUUUUAAAAUUAAUGUGAAAUAUGCAUCAUACACAAUAUUCAAUCUAGAUUCCAGUCCACGGGGGGAUUUUUCCUAAUAGGAAUUCAGGGUCUAAACGUGUGUAUACUUUGGCUCUCCUGUAAAUCCAAUGUUGUGAUUUUUAUAUUUGUUUCGUUUUGUCUGUGAACUGAAUAAUUUAUACAAGUACACACUCCAUUGAGAAAUGUUUUGUUUUUUGCUCGUUUGUAUCGUCUGUGUACAACAAGUAAAAUAAAUCUGGUAAAACACUA